AUGAACGUAUGCCAGUACAACAACUGCGGGCUGCAUUUCGCGAAUUUGCACGAUUUGCUGCAGCAUAUCGAGGAAACUCAUAUUGGUCCCAUUGAGGAAGAGAUGAAGAAGAAGGAGGCAAUGGCGAUGAAUGCGGCGGGUGGUGACGAAUCUAUGAAAUCUGCGCCCGUCCCUACAGCAUUCCCUCUGAGUACCGAUCUCAGGUUAUUUCCAGUGCUUCCAGAGCAAAAAGCGAAGCCAAUAAAGUAUGAGCCGUUCAGAUUGCAAUUUUGUCAUUACAGGUACUCAACCUUAGCUCUCAAAGAAAAUUUGUUUUCGAAUCAAAAACAAAUGCUCAAUCUGCCUUCGUCCAGGAAGAUUUUUGUUUUGGCUUCUCUCUGUCUCUCUUCCUUCAGAAAUAGGAAAGGGACUGAAGACCACAAUGAAAUGACAGGACAACCAGUAGGCCAAUGA